AUGUCUCAGCACAGUGUAGAAUACUUAAAAGUAAAGUAAUAAUUAUAAAGUAAGUCAGUGCUUUGUUAUAUCGAUAGAAAUAUAAAUCGAUUUUAUUUCAUAUAUUGGAAUUAGAUAUUAUCAAUAAAUUAUGGAGCAAAGAGAAAAAUCUGAUAUUAUGAUAUAAUCUAAGUCUUCACAGGACCAAAUAGCUUAGUAUUUGGUGAAGGCUGUUUUAUUUUUAAGAGAUAGAGACAACAAGAAUGAAUCAGUCAGACUUUAUGGGGCAGGAUCAGCUAUUCCAAAUGUAAUUUUGGUUGCUGAAAUAAUAAGAGCAAGAUUUAAGGUAAAAGGUUAGGAAAUCGUAGGGAUUGAGUUCGAUCGCAACAUUCGAGAAUAUGAAAAAGAAUAUUGACGUGAAGGAGAAUGGAGAGACAAAAAACAUACCAAUUGUAAUCCCAGCAAUUCGAAUUAAAUUGACGUACUUAAUUUUUAUACUGUAGAUGCAAUCCUACUUAAGAGGAAUUAGAUUAGCCAGGCUAUCAAGCACCAGGAGAAGUCAAAGCUAACGGGAAGUUUGAUCUUUUUUCAUAUGUCAUGAUCUAUGCAAAGAAUUUGUACAUUUCAAAGAAUAAAAAACCAAGGCCGAAUAAGGAUUACUCAUAUUCUAACAAGUUUUAAAAUGAGAAACAAAAAUAACCCUAAGAAGAUAGGGUAGCAUUGAUUACAAGAGGAGAUAGUCAUGCAUUAAAAAGAAAGCCUGAUUAACCAGAUUAAAAGGUACGAUGCUUGAGAUUUAAUAGGAGAGUUACAGAAGAAGCAGUAGAAGUCAAGAAAGAUUAAAUGAUAGAUAAAGUAAUGAAAGGAAUUCAAAGUUUAGGACAAGACCAAGACCAAUUUAAAACCAUUCUAAUUUAAAUUUCUCAUCAUAAAAUGAUAGAGAAAACAGAACUAAACAAGGAGCUAUUAAAACAAGAGGAGGAAAUAGAAAGUGAUUCACAUAGUUUAUAGGAAAUAAUUAUAUAAUU